AUGUCUCAACCGGCCCUGAACAAGAUCGCCCACAACAGCCCCUCGAGGCAAAACCCGUCCGAGCUGGAAACCAGCAUCGCAACUGCCCUCUAUGAACUCGAGACCAACAUCCCAGACCUGAAGUCGGCCUUGAGACCGCUUCAAUUUGUCUCUGCUCGCGAGCUCGAAGUCGGCCACGGCAAACGCGCCAUCGUGGUCUUUGUCCCGGUUCCUCUCCUGGCCGGAUUCCACAAGGUCCAGCAACGUCUGAUCCGUGAGCUCGAAAAGAAGUUCUCUGACCGCCAUGUCAUCUUUAUCGCUUCGCGCCGCAUCCUCCCCCGCCCCAAGCGCUCCAACCGAUCUCGCUCUUCGCAGACCCAGAAGCGUCCUCGCAGCAGAACCCUGACCGCCGUUCACAACGCCAUCCUCGAAGAUGUCGUCUACCCCGUCGAGAUUGUGGGAAAGAGACUCCGAACCAAGGAGGACGGAAGCAAGGUCCUGAAGGUCGUUUUGGACGAGAAGGAGCGCGGUGGUGUGGACUACAGACUCGACACCUACUCCGAGGUCUACCGGAAAUUGACCGGUCGUGUUUGUGGCUUCGAAUUCCCUGUCAGCAGCGCUGUGGACUAUUAG